AUGGUCGCAGUCCAGGCAGGACAAGCAUUUAGAAAGUUUCGUCCCCUCUUUGACCGAAUACUGGUUGAAAGGAGUGCACCUGAAACUGUAACGAAAGGAGGCAUAAUGCUUCCAGAAAUAUCUCAAGGAAAAGUGUUCCAAACAAUAAUAGUAGCUGUUGGAUUAGGCUUUAAAGAGAAGGGUAGAGAAUCAACCAGUUAGCAUGAAAGUUGAAAAAAAAUUCUCCCAGAAUAUGGAGGCACCAAAGUAAUUCUAGACAAUGAGGAUUAUUUCUUAUUUAGUGAUGGCGACAUUCUUGGAAAGUCUGUAGACUGA